AUGACUGCCAGCGUUUCGAAUACGCAGAAUAAACUGAACGAGCUUCUCGACGCCAUUAGGCAAGAGUUCGUCCAGGUCUCGCAAGAGGCAAACACCUACCGCCUCCAAAACCAAAAGGACUACGACUUCAAAAUGAACCAGCAAUUGGCCGAGAUGCAGCAGAUUAGAAACACCGUCUAUGAACUGGAGCUGACUCACAGGAAAAUGAAGGAUGCGUAUGAAGAGGAGAUCAAGCACCUGAAAUUGGGGCUGGAACAAAGAGACCAUCAGAUCGCCUCUUUGACUGUUCAACAACAACAGGUCCAGCAACAGCAACAGCAGGUCCAGCAACAUUUGCAACAGCAGCAGCAGUUAGCCGCUGCAUCCGCGCCUGUUCCAGUUCCACAGCAACCAACAGCCACCACCUCGGCUACCACUACUCCAGCAGCAAACACAAACACCGGCUCACCAUCGGCCUUCCCAGUACAAGCUAGCCGUCCCACCCUAGUCGGCUCUCAAUUGCCCACCACUACUUUGCCCGUAGUGUCCGCAAACAGUCAACAGCAGCUACCCCCACAACAACAAUUGCAACACCAGCAACUCCAACAACACCAACAGCCUCCGCCUCAGGUUUCCGUCGCCCCAUUGAGCAAUACCGCAAUCAACGGGUCCCCGGCUUCCAAGGAGACAACCACUUUACCCUCAGUCAAGGCACCAGAUUCUACUUUGAAGGAAACUGAACUAGAAAACAACAACGCCUCCUCGACGAUAAAUGACAUCGGGUCUACCAUCACCACAACCACUACUGCAGCCGAGCCCGAAAUCAAACCUAAGGAGGAGGAUGCCAAGCCCACCGAUUUACACCAAGAUCAUUAUUUGGUCCCCUACGAUCAAAGAGCUAACCACUCCAAACCUAUCCCCCCUUUCCUGCUCGACUUGGACUCUCAAUCUGUCCCCGAUGCGCUGAAGAAACAAACAAACGAUUACUACAUCCUAUACAACCCAGCAUUACCAAGGGACAUCGAUGUUGACCUACACAAAUCUCUGGAUCACACCUCUGUCGUUUGUUGCGUGAAGUUCAGUAACGAUGGUGAAUACUUGGCCACAGGCUGCAACAAGACCACACAAGUGUACCGUGUCUCCGACGGGUCCUUGGUGGCUCGCUUGUCAGACGAUUCUGCCGCCAACAACCACAGAAACUCUGUUACAGAAAACAACACAACAACAUCCACGGACAACAACACAAUGACCACCACAACCACCACCACAAUUACUACCACAGCAAUGACCACAGCAGCCGAGUUGGCCAAAGACGUGGAAAAUUUAAACACGUCGUCCACACCAUCAUCCGACUUGUACAUCCGUUCAGUAUGUUUUUCACCAGAUGGGAAAUUCUUGGCCACAGGUGCUGAAGACAGACUAAUUAGAAUCUGGGAUAUCGAAAAUAGGAAAAUCGUUAUGAUUCUACAAGGUCACGAACAAGACAUCUAUUCUUUAGACUACUUCCCCUCAGGCGACAAAUUGGUCUCCGGUUCCGGUGAUCGUACUGUCCGUAUUUGGGAUUUACGCACAGGUCAGUGUUCGUUAACUUUGUCCAUUGAGGACGGCGUUACCACCGUGGCUGUAUCACCAGGCGAUGGUAAAUACAUUGCUGCCGGUUCGUUAGAUCGUGCCGUGAGAGUUUGGGAUUCCGAAACUGGGUUCUUAGUAGAAAGACUGGAUUCUGAAAACGAGUCAGGCACGGGUCACAAGGACUCCGUUUAUAGCGUUGUCUUCACCAGAGAUGGUGAAAGCGUUGUAUCCGGUUCAUUAGAUAGAUCCGUUAAACUUUGGAAUUUACAAAACGCCAACAACAAGAGCGAUUCUAAGACACCAAAUUCCGGUACUUGUGAAGUUACAUAUAUCGGCCACAAAGACUUUGUGUUGUCCGUGGCCACCACGCAAAAUGAUGAAUACAUUCUGUCAGGUUCCAAAGACCGCGGUGUCCUAUUUUGGGACAAGAAGUCUGGUAAUCCGUUGUUGAUGUUGCAGGGCCAUAGAAAUUCAGUUAUAUCCGUGGCCGUGGCAAACGGAUCUCCGUUAGGCCCCGAAUAUAACGUUUUUGCUACUGGUAGUGGUGAUUGUAAAGCAAGAAUUUGGAAAUACAAAAAAAUUGCACCAAAUUAA